AUGCUGCACAAUGUAGCCCCAGUGGCUCACAAGACUCCACAGAAAAUCACCAUAGUCGGAGUAGGCGCUGUUGGAAUGGCUUGCGCUUACAGCAUACUGCAACAAGUCAACCAGAAUCACGUGAGCGAAGGAGUGGAUGUUGCCGAAAAUAAGGUGAAAGGGGAGAUGAUGGAUUUGCAGCAUGGACAAGCGUUCACUGGACGGACCGUUAUAAGGGCGGAUACGAAAUAUGAUAUUACUGAUCACUCCAAGCUUUGCAUCAUUACUGCUGGCCUACGACAAAAGAUAGGCGAAACAAGACUUUCUCUUGUGCAGCGGAAUACAGAUGUGUUCAAAAAGAUCAUACCGGAGCUGGUGAAGCGCUCUCCGGAAACAAUCUUACUGGUGGUUGCAAAUCCGGGUUUCGUUACCUUAUCGCUGAGAAAUUCAAUAUAUCUGCGUCAUCCUGCCAUGGAUGGAUUAUUGGAGAGCACGGUGACUCUAGCGCAAGAAAGUCUUACAUUGAACUUGAUUUCAGUACCUGUAUGGUCCGGGGUGAACGUUGCUGGAAUUAGUAUAACAAGCGUUAGCAAGCAGGUGUCUUCGCAUAUGAGCUCUGAAGCGUGGGAGGAAGAUAUUCACAAGAAAGUCAUAGAUAGUGCCUACGAAAUUAUCAAAAUGAAGGGCUACACCUGUUGGGGAAUCGGACUUGCAGUGGCAAAAAUAGCAAAAGGAGUUAUGAGAAACUCUCGUAACAUCUAUGCACUUUCAAUUAAUGUAAAGGGUAUGCACGGUAUCACUGAUGAUGUCUUCUUGUCGCUUCCUUGUGUUCUUGGUAUUGGUGGCAUUACUCAAAUUGUUAGGCAGGAUCUCAAUCAAGAAGAAAUUGCGAAACUUCACAAGAGCUGGAAAACGCUUUAUGAAGUACAGAAGCAAAUCAAAUUCUAA